AUGGACUCUUUCCACGACCAAACCCCAUCUCCGGACGAGAACUCUGAGGAGAAGCAAGGUGUUCCGGAGCAAGCAUCUGUCGAUUCUGAGAUAGCACCGCUCUCGAAGAAACAGAGGCUGAGCCCGUAUUUUACCAUUGCUGCUGCUGCGUUUGGCUUAAUAAGUGACGGAUAUCAGAAUAAUCUCAUGACAAUGGCCAAUGUCGUAUUCAAAAAGCUGUAUCCGAAGGUAUACACCGCGGACGUGUCUACUAGGGUUUCAAAUUCACUUCUCGUUGGCGCCAUUAUCGGUCAAAUCAUUGUCGGCGUCAUCUGCGAUAGGAUAGGCAGAAAGGCUGCUCUCGUCCUUACGACAGCCUUCAUCGUCCUUGGCGCCACCCUUGCUACUGCUGCCCAUGGAAUAAAUGGAAGCCCGUCCGGCCUUUUCUGGUUCCUGACCUUCGCAAGAGGGUUAACAGGCAUAGGGGUCGGAGGAGAGUAUCCAGCAUCGUCGACCAGCGCGUCUGAAUCAGCAAAUGAGAAAAUGAUUAAGAACCGGGGCCCAGUCUUCAUCAUGGUUACAAAUUUUGUUCUAAGCUUUGGAGGACCCUUGGCAGUUUCCGUAUUCUUAAUAGUACUAUCAAUUGCAGGCGAAAAUCAUCUUCAAACAGUCUGGAGGGUCUGCUUUGGGGUUGGAAUCGCAUUGCCCUUGACAGUCUUUUACUUCCGGCUGCGUAUGUUGACGUCGAAAUUGUAUCGCGAGGGCGCUAUCAAGCGUCGUGUGCCUUACUGGCUUAUUGUAAAGCGCUAUUGGAAAUCUUUGAUUGGCACUUGUGGUGCUUGGUUUUUAUAUGACUUCAUCACGUUCCCAAACGGAGUGUUCUCGGGAACCAUAAUAUCUAGCAUCAUUCAUGACGGAGACAUCAAACGCACUGCGGAAUGGCAACUGCUCCUCGGCGCCAUAGCUCUACCAGGAGUAUUUAUUGGCGCGGCUCUGUGUAACCCUCUAGGUCGUCGAAACACUAUGAUGCUUGGUUUCAGCGGAUAUCUUAUAUUUGGGCUUGCUAUUGGGCUAACAUAUGAGAAAAUCACCAAGAUCACACCGCUCUUCGUGAUCUUUUAUGGUUUGAUGCAAUCUUUUGGAAACAUGGGUCCAGGUGACAUGCUUGGUCUUGUGAGCUCCGAGUCCUAUCCAACUGCCAUUCGUGGCACUUGCUAUGGCCUUUCAGCGGCGAUCGGAAAAACGGGAGCUGCAGUAGGGACGCAGGCAUUCACCCCCAUACAGCUACAUCUUGGGGAAAAAGUGGACUUUCAUCAUUGCAGCAAUAUGCGGAACAACUGGCAUACUCGUGACCUACUUCUUUGUUCCGGACAUGACAGGCGUCGAUUUUGCGGACGAAGACAAAAAUUUCAUGCAAUAUCUGUCGGAUAA